UGAAUAAACUCUGGUUGCUUCACAUGGUGUGACUCAGGGGCCAGGGGGCUCACUGUGUGGCCUGACUUGGGUGUGAUGCCCCUUCUCUCCCUCGCAGGACAAUGCCAUCCUCCGUCACGUGGGGCCUCCUCCUGGCAGGCCUGUGCUGCCUGGCCCCUGCCUCCCUGGCUGAUAGUCUCCAUGGAGUCGCUGUCCACAAGAUCACACCGGAACUGGCCAACUUCGCCUUCAGCCUGUACCGUCAGGUGGCCCAUCAGUCCAACUCUACCAACAUCUUCUUCUCCCCAGUGAGCAUCGCUACAGCCUUUGCCAUGCUCUCCCUGGGGGCCAAGGGCGACACUCACACCCAGAUCCUGGAGGGAUUACAUUUCAACUUGAAGAAGGUACCUGAGGCUGACAUCCAUGCAGGCUUACAGCAUCUCCUCCACACCCUCACUGAGCCAAACCGACAGUUGCAGCUGAUCACUGGCAACAUCUUGUUUGUCAAUGAGAGUGUGAAGGUGGUGGAUAAGUUUUUGGAAGAUGUCGGGAAGCUGUACCACACAGAUGUCUUCUCCAUCAACUUCAGAGACACCAAGGCCAAUACACAGGUCAAUGAUUACAUAGAGAUGAAAAGCCAAGAAAAAAUUGUAGAUCUGGUCCAAGACCUUGACAAAGACACAACUCUUGCUCUGGCAAAUUACAUCUUCUUUCAAGGUCGGUGGAAGGUUAAAUUCGAGGCUGAGGGCUUUGUAGCAGAAGACUUCCACGUGGACAAGAAGACCACGAUAAGGGUGCCCAUGACCCACCGUUUGGGCAGGUUUGACCUGCUGCACGACAAGGCGCUCUCCUCCUGGGUGCUGCUGCAGCACUACAGGGGCCAAGGGCCCGCCUUCCUGAUCCUGCCCGAUAAGGGGAAGAUGCAGUACCUGGAGGCCAAGAUCUGCCAGAAGCACCUGGCCAGGAUCUUCAAAAACAUCGACAUACGGUCUGCCUCUCUGAGUAUGCCCAAACUGUCCAUUUCUGGAACCUACGAUCUGAAAGCCAUCCUGGGUGAAAUGGGCAUCACCAAGGUCUUCAGUAAUGGGGCUGAGCUCUCGGGGAUCAGCGAGGAGGUACCCCUGAAGCUGUCCAAGGUGAGCCUGUCCCUGCUGUCCACAGGGCAGAUGUGUGCGGGCUGCAGCCCAGGGGCGGGGACAAAGGGCACAAACACCCCGCAGACCGAGGUCUCUGGGGAAGGCCCUUGGACUCACCAAGACUGGGACGUGUUCAGGCACCCAAGGGAGGGGUGGCCUCCUGUCCUGGCCCUUGCGCUGCACAAGGCUGUGCUGACCAUCGACGAUAGAGCCCUUCACUUCCCAAGCCAAACUCCCUCCCUUGGUGACAUUAAAGAAUGGAUAAACUGGCCCGAGCUUAGGUUUAAGCAUCUGACCAUCAAGUUCAACAGGCCCUUCUUAGUCAUCAUCAUGGAUGAAAAUGCCAACAUGCCUCUCUUCAUGGGAAAGAUGGUAAAUCCCAUGUAAAAGUAACUGCCUCUC